GAAAUGGAUGUAAAAUUAAUUCAAGAAAGGAGGGUCUUUUUGGGGAAUUGGGGAAACUUGAGGGGCAACCACAAAAGAAAGUUGAGAAGGAAAACCACUUGUUGUGUUGCAGUGCUCACCGGAGCGGCAGAGAGAGGAGGAAAUGAAGGAACGAGAAAUCUCAAUACGGUUUAUACAGAUAAUUGGUUUGAUAAGUUGGCUAUUGAUCAUCUAUCUGAGGCAGUACAGGCAACUUCAGGCCAUAUGUUUGCAGGUUGGAGAAGCAAAAAAAGUGGAUAUGAAAGCUUGGUGGAAGUGGCAACAAUGGCGUCAAGAAAUUUGAACCAAAUCAAACAAAGAGAGGCCAUGAUUGAGGCACUUCAAAGGGCGUUUCCAAGGCCAAUACUCUCUUUGAUAAGAACAUUGCUGCCACAAUCCAAAUUCGCCAGAGAAUAUUUUGCCGCAUUCACCACUGUCUUCUUUGCUUGGUUAGUCGGACCCUGCGAGGUGAAGGAAUCAGAGUUGAAUGGAAGAAGAGAGAGGAAUGUUGUUCAUAUCCACAAGUGCAGGUUCUUAGAGCAGACAAACUGUGUUGGAAUGUGCAUUAAUCUAUGCAAGUUUCCAACUCAGGAUUUCAUCAAGGAUUCUUUGGGAAUGCCAGUGAGCAUGAUCCCCAAUUUUGAUGACAUGAGCUGUGAGAUGAAAUUUGGAGAGGACCCACCAGCUUCAAUCGAAGAUCCAGCGCUCAACCAGCCAUGUUACAAACUAUGCAAAAAGAAAGAAAAACACGACACAGACAAACUGAAUCAGUUAAAGAAAAGAGACGCAGAAAGCAAGAUUUUUGAAUCACAUCCAUUUUAGCUCCUAAUUGUUUUUGUUUUCAAUGUUUUCACGAGCGCAGGAGAAGCUCCGUUCUUCUUCUUUUUCCUAGAUUUACACAACUUCGCAGGAAUCUGGGUUUCCUAGUGUGUCCAAACACGAAUAUGAUUAGGCUAAUUUGAACCACAAAUUACAAGGACAA